CCUUUAUUUUGUUAAUAUUUACAGGGUAUAUGCUGUAACUUUCGCAAGAAAAUCUCUGUCAGUGAUUAUCAAAAGUGUUUUAGAACAGGAUUCUGGAGAUUAUAUUUGUAAUGGAACAAUAAAUGGAAAAUCUAAGAGCGCCAAAGUUUUAGUCAAUGUCAAUAUGCCCCUAGAAAUUACAGAAGAAAUGGCCCCUAGCUCACAGGAACUAAUAGAGAAUACUCCAGGUUUGAUUAAGUGCACUGCGCCUAAGGGAUAUGGAAUUUAUUUGACAAAGAAUGGCAGAUCUAUUAGUCAAGGACAUCCAAGGUAUUCACAAGUGGCAGAGGGUCUUGAAGUCAGGACUGUAAACCGCAGUUUGGAUGAGGGAACAUUUGUUUGCGUGGUGUCUGGAUCCGGCCGUAUUAGGUUCAUUAAUAUAAAAGUUACAGUGCUUGGUCGUCCAAAAAUAAUAACUUCCCAAGUGCUGGACAGGUCGUGGAAGGAAAUGACUACCGCUUCGUGUGCAAAGCUACAGGAAGGCCGUCUCCAAAGUACCAUUGGUUUAAGGAUGAAAGUAGUGAUGAGCUAGGAGGAGAGAGGUUUGAGGUUGACAAACAGACAGGAGAAUUGAUCAUUAAACAGUCGAGGAAGGAAGACGAAGGUCUAUACAGAUGUGAAGCAAAGAAUGAAGUUGGCGUGGACAAUGCAACAGCACGGCUUAUCGUGAUAAAUCUGCAAAACGAUAAUGAGAAAAACCUGACGUCAAAUACAUCUAGCUGUGAACAGGUGCUUGACGACCUAUGCUCUCCAACAUCAUACACCCAGUGUAAGAAGAAAGGCCUGGAGUUGUUACAGAAGGACGCAUUGCGGCUGGAGAUAAAGAAGACUGAGACCGAGAUAGAAGUUCUGGAAGUGCAGAAACUCAAAUUUCAGGAGGAAGUUGAACUGUUAAGGCUUCAAAAAGAAAAGCUGAGGGGAGAAAUGAAUAAACCAUAACUUCUGUUA